AUGCAUUUGGAAUCUGCCGAGAUACUUGGGCACUCUUCUUGCAAGAGUGUUCGGGGGGACUUCGGAUAUGGAAUAUGCUGUCCGCGACAUUGCAUCACGACACCUGUGUCGGGUGCUUCACUACAGGAUGUUUUGUACUUUUUGCUGUGGAUCUCUUGCCAUCCAAAGGGCCGUGCUUCGGAGCAGAAUUUGAUGAGAUGCUUGGUCGAUUUGACGCUGCCGGGAGUCAUUGCUGGGUUGGGCGAGCGGUUGACUCAGAUGGCACAUGCUCUUGUCAAGAAGGAGCUGGCGGUCCUGCCGACACUGCGAUCCAAACACGGAUUUGCUCGGAGGCAGGCCGAUCCUGUGAAUCGCAUGAUCCUCUUGUAUCGCUUGCGGCGAGAGAAGCUGAACAGGCUGCGAACCGCAAGGACACAUGAGGACAUCGGAGCUGCGAACAUCUACUUGCUGCGGUAUGAGGCUUACUUAGAUUGCAUGCUGCAUCAUCAAGCACUGACGAGUGCCUUCGUCCAGGAGCGGCAGAUCGCAGUCGCUUGGGACCCGUCGUCGUAUGCAGGCAAAGAAGUCUUGGUGGCUGCCAUAUACAGUGCUCGUCUGGGCAAAGCUUCGUGGCUGCUGAAUCAAGAGCUCAAUCCGGUUAUGGUUUCGGAUUUGGACGCCGCAUUGAUGCCAUUGGCGAAGGCUUCCAAGUUGAAACGAGUUGCUGGAUACAACGAGCUUCGUGGCCUUUCAGCUUCACUGAGAGGAGUCGGACUCAGCUUGCUGGACUUUCGUGUUCCGCCAGGACUUUUCCUCCGGCCGCUUGCAAGGAACGAACUGAGGGUGCAAGCCCCAGACGGCCGCUGGUUCAUUUGGAGCCGGGAUAGCCAAGCUGCAUUCCCAGAGAUUCCCGACGAUCUUGAUCUGGGCGGUGUGCCAAUCAUCAUUUCAAUCACGGAUCAGGGACCAUGCAACAUGAGUGCACUCAAUUUUCUCAUGUUUAGCACCCAAGCCAUAAUGCUCCACUCCCAAUUCGAUGCCUUCCACCGUGGGUGGAAUGACUUGAAGCUGGCAUGCAAACGCACUACAAGUCGUGCUUGGAAGAAAAUCCUUGAGCUCACCUUGGUCGCGAACCUUUCAUAUGCUCCGUACGGAACGAGCCAAUUUUUUUACAAGAAAGUUGCACGUCUGAACGAGUUCAUGUCGAGCAAUUCCUGCAGUUCGCCUGUGUGGAAGGAACAUCAGCACUUGAUCUGUCGAGAAAUGCGAGUGGCGGAACCGAGGACGCCGGAGGACUCACAGCGACUUUUCGAUGAGCUGAGAAAUACGCCAUCUUUCACGAGCAAGGGACCACCCAUCAAGCUGAUGCGGUGGUUUUCCUUUUUUGAGAGUAUGGCGUUUUUGGAGGGCUCGUUCUACUUGCACAAGCUCGUCCUGGGCCUGGGGCAGUCUCAUGGGGCAGACGAUGCGGAUGACAAUCCCGACUUCACUUUGCCUCAAGAGACUGACCCGGCGAGAGAGCUACAGCGAUUGAAGGCGAAGCAAGGCUCCUGGAAACUGGCACCGAAGCUGAUCAACAGCCACUCCAUGGCUGUGAAGGAUGCCGUAAUGGCCGUUGGGAAGGCGACCUGGAAGCAUCAUGCGGCAAGGGCCAGGGAGGUCAAGAACAGCAUGCAGGUUCUGGCCUACAACAUCUCGUGCUCAGGAUCCAAGUAUUGGGCCGUGGAGCUUGAGGAGAUGGUUUCGGCAUCUCUCUGGGAUGUCAAGAUGCUGCAACACACGAUGCCGCGGUUCAAAGGCCAUCCUGACGCUUUGGAGAUUCACAUGGAGCUUUUUGACAAACUGCUUGAGACACGAAGCAUGUCGUUGGUGACGUUCCAUUGCCUUCCACCCAACUGCUACCACCACUGCCUAGCAGUGGAGGAUGAUGUUGCUGCCCGAGCACGGGAUGCGGCUAAGAAGCACUGGACGUUCCUUCUGGAGGCAGAGUCUGCAGAACGAGAAGGCCAUCCCAUCCCCGCCCUUGAGUACAUGCAUUGGCGACUCAGCCCUGCUGUGAGAGUUCUCUUUCUCGCAUUCGAGGAGGACCGACGCCUUGGCCUCGAAGGCUCCAAACAGUCGCAUGCCAAGAGGCUGCAGACCGUCUUCGCGAAACACCUGGGCGACAGUCGCUUGAUAGAGAAUGCACACCAGCAUGCCAAGGACAUCUUCCGUGCCAGCAAGCAGAAUACUUUCUCAAAUACGGCGCUUUUUUCGAAGAUCUUGGGCUCCGGUGUCUUGGAGCAGAGGGGCCUGGAUGUGGUGAAAAGCUUGAUGGCUGACAAAGUGCUGUCACCAGCUCCCAAAACUGGCAAGCAGCUGCCUGUUGCCCAACUCAUGAGGGCAUCUUCCCACAAGCUUCCGAAAGACAUGCAGGAGCUAAUGGUGCAGAAACGGAAGGCAGAAGCUUUCCCAUCGCCUUCGCCGUCGGCACUGUUCCAAAGUGCAGCAGCAACUGAGUGGCUCUGGUACUAUUGGGCAGCACGCCAAGAGGAUACAUUGCCUGCAUCAGUUCACGCAAACAGUUCUUGGGUUUCCGUUUUUGCAACGCCCGGCUCCUGUCUGGCCCAACAGUCCACUGCAAGCUUGAUGAAAGUCGUUGCCUCUGCAGAGUUUGGAUUUUUGUCUUGGGAGUUGGAGGUUCGAAGGCGAUCCGACGGCGGCAGCCACUUUGUUUGCAUGCCUCGCAGGUCUGCUCUAGCUUGA